UUGAUCAACGGAAAACACACAAAUAAGAACAAAUAACCAGAAAAAUGCAGAACGUUUAUUUUUAUAGCUUAUGCUAACAAAAGACAACGUCAGAUGUUUUAAUCUAGCAUUUUUUGAAGAAGAAGAUUAUAUUAGUGUUCUCGAUCUUUAAGAUAAAGCAAACUUUGAGCAUUAUAUUUCUCCGUUCUUUAGUAUACGUAUUCCCAUUUCCGAGGUACUUUAAAGACCUCACUACGUUUAGCUACUGAGCUCAAGAGAUUCAGCUUAGAUAAUUGACGUUAAUAUCAUCAUAUACACAUGCUUGGGCUUAUUUUCAAUCGAAUCUAUCAUUAAAGGUUUUAAAACCUUCGAAUCUGCGUUUUAUUUGCACGCUUUGAACUCCUGCGAAUGAAAUCAAACGGGUCUCGUUAGAGCCGAAGCUAACAUUGCUAAGCUAACGAGUAAACACACCGCAGUUCAUCACCCAGAAGUGAACCACGGGCUCCGCGGAAUGAUAAAUCUGCCUGUCGGAGUCAAGGAACAGAGAUGAAGAAGUGGAAAUGGCGACAGGAUCGUCGAAAGGGGUGGUACAGAGGAAAUCGACAGAGAUCGUCCAGCGACGAACAGUGGCAGGAGUAUAGUGAUGCUGGGCCGUCUCACAGAGCAUCUCAGAGGGAACAUGAUAACCAAUCUGCCUCAGCUACUCCAACCUCAGCCUCUUCCUGCUCUAAAUCCAACAGCGGAGUACCAGAGCUGCCCGGUUUCUACUUUGACCCUGAGAAGAACCGCUACUUCCGUCUGCUUCCUGGACACAAUAACUGCAACCCGCUGACCAGAGAACAGCUGCAAGAAAAGGAAAGGGAGAAGCAGAGACAUAAGAGACUGGCAGAAGAUGAGUGUGCAAAGGCCCCAAGGACUGGAUUGAACACAUCCUUGUUGCUGCACAAAAGGCAUCUUGGACUGUUACCUGAGAACUCCUAUUGCAGGCUUGUCCAUGAGGUAAAAGUCAGCGGAAUGAGGCGCCACAAGCUGCAGAUUCAGAGCACAGACAACAGCAACCCAAACACAGACAACUUCAGGAUCAUCGUGGGGGAUUCUGUGUGUGAGCGAGUGUUCACCGUCAACGACGUGUCUCACGGUGGCUGCAAGUACGGCAUUAUGAACUUCAGUAGUGGCAGCCGGGGCUCUUUGUCCGUGGAAAUGUGCGAUAAUCUGUACUUCACCAACCGCAAGGUGGUGAACUCCAUCUGCUGGGCCUCGGUUAACUACCCCGACUCUCAUGUUCUGUUGUGUCUGGUGGGAGCGGCUGACACCCCCGGCUGUGUUAGUUUACUCCCCGCGUCGCUCUUCAGCAACUCCAACCCAGAUCAACCAGGGAUGCUGUGCAGCUUCAAGAUAUCUACAGCUUGGUCCUGCGCUUGGUGCUUCAACCCACAGUUUGAUAAGACCUUCAGCACUGGCCUGACUCGUCGGGUCAUCGUCAAGGAUGCAGAGACGGGACGGACACAGACGUACGGCGUCGGCACCGACGUCUUGGCACAGCAUUUUGCUCUCAGGGUUCCGGUCCUGUUUAACGGCUGCCGAUCAGGGGAGAUUUUCAGCAUAGACCUCCGGCAGCGUGGCCGCAGGGAUCACAGCUGGAAGGCCAGUCGCUUCCACCACGAGUCAGCCAUCACCUCCGUACGAGUCCUGCAGGAUGAGAACUAUCUGCUGGCGGCAGACAUGUUGGGUCAGAUCAAGAUGUGGGAUGUGCGAGUCAGGAAGCCUGUGCUGGAGUACAAAGGGCAUCACAACGAGCAUGCCUACCUCCCCAUUCAUGUCAACGAACAUGAAGGCCUUUUGUUAGCAGUGGGCCAAGACUGCUACACAAGGCUGUGGAGCCUGAAGGAUGGUCACCUGUUGAGGACCAUCCCGUCGCCCCAUCCAGCGGCCAACGACAUGAUCCCAAGUGUCGUCUUCUCCUCGAAUUUGGGCGGCAGCAGGGGGCUCCCCGGACUGCUCAUGGCCGUCAAGCAUGACCUGUACUACUUCCCAUACAACACCGACUACCAGGACGGAGGAGAGCCAUCGCUUUAAUUCAGACGGUGCCAUAAAAAUGGUCCCUUUAAGUAAAUGUUCUAGACUUAGCUGAAAGUCGAACGCAACCAGAGAAUGUCCCGACUGUCGACCGCAGCUGGGUUUGGAUGAUGCACUUUACAAGUUUACCGUUAAAUAUCCAGUGUAAAUUUAGAGAAUUGGUGCUGUGGACGUUGGGAGGAAAUGGAGCCACGAGAGCUUAAACAUCGUUUACUUUUCUUACAACUUCUCUUGAAAAAAGGCUCCCAAUAAACUUUUUCAUAAUUUUGUUACAUUACAACCACAGACGUUCCUCAGUUUUUUGGGAUGACUGCCCAACGAAAAUAACGUAUACUUGAAAAAUUGAGGAAGGAUGUUUAGUUUUAAAAAAAAGUCUACCAGCGCAAAUCUGAAAAGUGUGGCAUGGAUUCCUAUUCAACCUCCAUUAAUAACUUAGAACAACCUUUUGUUGCAUUCAGACUGGAUGGGGAGCAUCAAUUUUAAAGUUUUUGCCACAAAUUAAUUGGAUUCAGUUUUGUACUUUGACUAGGUCGUCAUUGAGGUCAUGCUUUGAUAUAGACUGUUCUAUUGCUGCUCUCAUUGUGUUUUUAAGGUUGUUUUUCUUGCUGGAAAGUCAACCUCCUCCCUAACCAGAUUAAUCAGAGCUUGAUGCUGGUGCCACUGUGUGCUUUUGCUUUUAUUUUCCACACAGGGCAGAAUGUUCUAAUUUGGUUUCAUCUGACCAGAGUCAGUUGUAAGGCCUACUGUGUGGACUCCCCAACUAAUCAAUGUCUAAUAUCUAUGCAGCUCCUCCAGAUUUACCCCAUAGCUUCUUCCCAGAUUAAUAAUUUUACUUGGGUAACUAGGUUUGAAAAGCUGCUAUUUGUUUAUCCAUAUUUUAAAAUAACUUAGCAAACGAAAACAAUGGUGUGAAUAAGCAGAUUGCGCUGCAGCCUCGUCUGAAUUGUCUUUCUUUAAGAAGUUCUUCACUGUAACCCUGAGCAAGCAACAUGAUCUCAGUGGCAUUUAAAAUCUCAGGGGGAAACAUUGUUUUUGGAAACGUGUUUGUGCCAAAAUAAAGUGCUGCAUCAUUCAGCAAGUGCAUUUACAAAAGA